UUCUUCAAUUGCUAAACAAUGCGAAUAUUUCUUCAGAAAAUUAUAUAGGAAUUUUACUUGUGACGCCAAAUUUUCCAAAGACGAAACGGAUAAAUCUGAAAUAUUAGUAAAAUAAAGUGAAAGUUGAUGAAAUUUUAUUACAAGAUGGGCGUCACAUACACGCGAUAACUUUGAUUCCUCCUGCGUGAAAACUCAUCGUUGGAUAUUUAUUAUUAGCAAAGUGACAUUUUGUGAUCGUUAGUAAAAUUCUUCGAAUAAUUCCAUUGUGAUUUGGUAUCAUUGUAAGAAACUUAAUACACUUUUGCAAAACUUUAUGGUAAUUUAAGGCCAUUCAGCAUACUUCAUUAUAUACAAAGGUUAUUUACUGAACUACUUAUUGAAUCCAUGGCUGUCAUACCAGUAACUUCUCUAUAGGAAUUGUGGUUCUGGUGGAAAGUUCGAAUGUACAAUACGGAAAAUAUGUUAGACUAUUGUGCCAGCAAUAAUUCAUCGCCUCGGUACCAGUCUCCUAGUCCCACGAUGACGUCACUUCCAUACAACAUGGCAGAAAUGAUGACAUCAGCAAAUAUGGCUGCUAACAUGGCGGCGGCAGAGUCACAGAGACAGUCAGCGUUCGUGUUAAGCAGUCCGCAGCUGGCGGCCCUUCACAACAUGACGGAGAUGAAGACACCCCGCUCGUGCACGAGCCCCACUGGGCUCCAGAACCCUUACACUAGCUACUCACAAUCCACACUCAAACAUCUCGGACUAGCCAUGUCACAAGCAAGCACCUCGCACCGAAUCUCGGACAUUUUGAACCGGCCGCUCAUGCAGUCGCCGCUUGGUCUCCCCCAGCUCGGGGCGGCCAGCAUGUUCAUGAACUCACAGAGCGGCUUCAAGCUCGCAGAACUUCCGGGCCGCGCGCCCAUCUACUGGCCCGGCGUCGUUGGCGGCCCCGCAUGGAGACCGCCUGGCAACGUGAUAAUCGACAAGGACGGCAAGAAGAAGCACACGCGGCCCACGUUCUCUGGUCAGCAGAUCUUCGCGCUCGAGAAGACGUUCGAGCAGACGAAAUAUUUGGCGGGCCCUGAGCGCGCUAGACUCGCGUACGCCCUCGGCAUGUCAGAAAGCCAGGUCAAGGUUUGGUUUCAAAACAGACGAACAAAAUGGCGAAAAAAGCACGCUGCUGAAAUGGCAACCGCGAAAAAGAAGCAGGAAUACGCAGAAGCAAUGAACGAGGGAUCUGACGUAGAGGAUGACGUAUCUGACAGUUAAUUGGUGAAGAGACACGUGACCUGUUCUGUGAUUGGCUGACAGGGUUUUAUUCGCCGCCAUUAUGAAUUUCAAAUGCACUUACGGGAACACUGAAAUUUGGAUAUUAUUGUAUUUAAAAGUGCUGUGACUAUAUUUCUGUUUCAAGAAAUAUGUUUGUUUGACCAUUAAUGGAAGUGAAAUUUGUGCCAAAACUUUGUACACAGAUGAUAAACAUAUGACAUGCAUGGAUGAUGAAUUUGCAUGUUACGAACAAUCGGAAUUUCAUUAAUCAGAGUAAUUUUCUGAAGUUCACUGUUAUAAAUAAUAUCGGUAAAAUACCAUUGGCAACAUUGAUAUUAUAAACCAAUGAGUGUUCACUGAUGUAUACGGUGAUAUUUGUAUUUUAAAAAAAUGCGGGGAGAAGCACUAUUUCAGAUAAACAAGACAUAGAACGCGAACAGCUGGUCUAGUGAAUACCAUUGUGUUUAAAGGACGUUUAUACAUGUAAAUAGUAGAAACAUGUUUAUUGCAUUUCUGUUUCUGGAAGAGAUUUUCAG